AUCUCUAAGCAACAUCGCAGUGCAGAAAAAAGUGAAGCGUAAUUGCAUGUCAUUUCAACGAUUGCAAAAAGGCGUGUAGAAAAUUAAAAUAAUGGCCGAUGCUAAUAAUUUAAACAACUUGUCGAAUGCCGAACUGCGUUUUCAAAUGUUGGCACAGGAAUGGCCGAAUAUAUACACCACCCAGGCACCGGCCGCACAUCAUUGCAAAAAUUAUUUCUCGCAGAAAAUGGCGGCAUUAUGCGCAAUGGAUCUGUCGAAGGCACCAAAUUCGCGCAACCUGCAGCCCUGUCACACUUGAUUUAUGGCUGGUUUCGCCUUCCUGCAUUAUGCUUGGCCUAUAAAGCAGUAUAUAUUACAAUAAUUGAAGUUUACACAUACUACCGGAGUGAUAGCCAGAGACAAGCGCUGCGCACACAUUGGAUUUCAACUCCUCUUUGUUCCAGUCAGUCGUGCUUCACAUAGUAGCCCUGCUCACUGGUGCUCAUAUUGAUGGUCCCGAUCGCAAUGAAUUUGCACCUGCUUUAGCCGCUUAGCUACUCAAAACAGCUGAAGAAGGAUUCAAGCAUCCUACUCCACCGCCUCUCAUCUGCAUAGGGCGCUCCGUGCAUGGAUUACCUCGAAGUCGAGCGUAGAAUAGUAUGUGCCGAUAUGUCGCUGCGGACUAUAUGGAUCGGUGGACCCAGCACCAUCAUUGGCGACAUUGCCGCUCACGUUCAUAGCUUUGGAUGCACAUGGAACAUCGGAACAAGGACGCAGCCCAAUUUAAGCACUGGAACAAUAUGCAACAUAAAAUCAUUGCAUACUUUUGUGGUGUGCGGAAAAGCAUAGCCGUAUAUUUUCGAUGAAUACUUUAGGGCAUAUUUAUUAAUUGUCAAAUUGAAAUUAAUUUCAUUAUCCAUAAGCAGGAUCUAUGUGAGCUUCCAUUAUUAUGUAUUAAACUGUUCUUUGUAACGAGAAACCAAUAAAUAAAAAUCGAACGGCUUUUGGCCAUUAUUUGUGCAACCGCA